AUGACAGACGACUACUGGAGCCGUAUAGAGGACCCCCGAAUCAAGGACUACCCGGUCUAUAGCGGACCCAUUUGGAAGAUUUUGUCCAUAUUGAGCACCUACCUAUUGGUCGUCAAAGUCCUCCUACCACGAUAUAUGCGGCACCGGCAGCCCUACCAUCUCACUGGCUUUACACUGGUCUACAAUACACUAAUGGUGGCGCUCAAUGUCUACAUAUUUCGCAAAUGUGUUACAUUUCUAGAUUCUGGCAGAAUAUUCCUGGAGUUUGACUUUCCCGACCGCACCGACACUUCCAGUCAUUCAAAUGACUUUAUACAAUUCAUAUGGAUAUUCAGUAUGUCCAAGUUUGUGUCGUUCACGGACGCCGUCAUAUUAAAUUUGCGCAAAAAGACCAGGAACAUCACUUUCCUACACCUGUAUCACCACACGGUUCUGCCCAUCAUAUGCUGGCUGUCCAUGAAACACAACGCGUCCAUACCUAUCAUAAGACUGUUUAUU